AUGGAGAGGGAUGAGAUAGCAGAGGACCGUGAGCGCCGAGACGACAAGGAGAAACUCCACUCCCGCAUCAUGGAUCUGUCUGCCGCAGACUUACUUCUGGAGCCGGAGCGGAGCAAGGCCUUCUUGCUUUCCAGGAACACGGACUCUCCGUCUAAUGAGGUCCAGUCGAACGGAAAGUCCGGUCUGCCUGGGACCAAGUGUCUGAGCCAGCUGAGUCUGACGGUGGCGGCGCCUGUUUACCCGCGCAGCAGCUGCAGCAGCAGCGAGUUGUCGCUGUCGAGCGCAUGCAGCGAAUUCUCCAGCGGCUCCUACACCUGGAAUGACGGACGCUCCUGUGGGAAAACGUCGUCCCUGACCUGGGAGAAGAGGCUGAGUUUGGGUUCAUCAGCUCCCAGUAACAUCUGCGCCCCACCGGAGGAGCAGGUGCCCACACGACGCAAGGAGAGCCACAUCCUGGAGGGACUCAGAAAGCUCCAGAGGAGGAGACACAGGAGCUCCUCGUGUUCAUCCAGGGUCUCAAGGUCAGGGGACAAAGACUGCAUGAACUCCAACGAGGGCAUCUACUCCCUGGGGAUCAAGAGCACUGGCAAAGGGGUUUCCAAGCCCACACAGGAGGGGAGAACUUCUGCUGCCGGGGCCAAGAAGUUCUCGUAUGAUUCUGAUGAUGCAGACGAUGAACUGGCACAUUCCAACCGUGGAGACAACAUCCCCACCAAGGACGGAUGGUUUUACUGUAGGAGACGCUCCCGCAGCAUCUCAGAGAGUUUAUGCAGCUGGGAGGGGAUCCAGGACGGUGGAGGUGGAGGUGACUCAGGUCCCGUGGCUACGAAACAGCCCUCAGGUUACGACUCGAAAGAGCAUCCUGAGAAACUCAUGAGCUUCAUUAACAGUUUUCUCCCUGAGGGACGGCGGAUGUCAGCUUUUUCCAAACCAACCAAGCUGCACCACAAGCCCCCUGAUCCUGAGGGUCCCAACCACCUCUCUGAUGUGGACGAUCCAGCGCAGCUCACCUCUGGGUCCAGUGACGUCCGCAUGUCCUUCAGCCAGCCAGCAGAGCAGGCAGAGAGGGACUCCAAGAGGCUGUCGAGGGAGGCUGCCAAGCUGCUGGCCCAGCAGUGUUUGAGACGAGAGCAGGGACGCACCCAGUCUGCGGACGGGAGGCCCCGACCUUUCAGCUUAAUUAAGGAGCCCAAAGUGGCCACAUGCACUCAGUCUGAGGAAAGUAUUCUGUCCAUAUUUGACGCAGAAGGAGAGCCCAUCGAACUUUGUGCUCAGAAACUCACAGCAGGUGCCGGGUCUCGACAGGACGUUCAAGGUAGCAAAGCGGUUGCUGAUUACACGGAGCUGGUGCCGCAGGAGAGACCAACGCGACAGACGGCAGCGAACACAAGGAACUACAGCGUUCUCGAAUCUCCGGAAAAACCCUCAGAGUAUCAGAUCAGGACGAGAAGGACGAGCAGAGAGAGCAGUGCAGAGAGGUUAUCGAUGCAGCUGACUCCACAACGGAAGCUGAUCAAACCACCGAGCAGCCGAGCCACUAAAGGCCUCUCGAUCCCUCCCAUGACUGACUCUGCUAGUCCGAAGUGCAGCGGUUCGAAGAUACCAGGUCGUAACAAACCUUCUGCUUCCCCGCUGAGACUGUCUAAGGGCUCCUCCGCCGAACAGAGCAACUCAGGACCCUCUGGUCAGGAGAAAUCCCCCUCCUCCUCUUCGACAGUUAAAAUCUCCAGGUUCAUCAAGACGCCAGGAAACUCCCAGAGCCCGAAGGCAGUGAACUCCAAAUCUCCCAGCAGGGCCGAGUGGAGUAAGGCCUCCUCCUCCUCCGCAGGUUCCCCGCACCUGUCGAGGAGGCACCUGGAGUACGCUGACAACGUGGAACAGCCGACCAGAGACAAACACUGUGAACCCAGCAAAAACAAACUCAGGUCCCCUUCUCCUCCCCCUCCCCCGGGCCGCACCACCUCCUUGCUCAUCAGACCAAACUACGAAGGGUCGCCUCAAGCACAUAAACCAGGCGCAGCUCAACAAGCCACACCGACCACUGUGAGGGGCCCUCCCCCAAGUUACCACACUUCACUCUUACCAAAUAUGCAAAGUACUCUGCCCAUCAAGGAUAAAGACUGUUUAGACUUGGAUGCCGGCUACGGGACCGCACUUUCACCUCAGAAACUGGUCGACAAAACCAGUCAGCACCUUCAAAAGUCCCCCGCCAUGACUCAGACGUCGACGAAAGGCACUUCCAAGCGAAUGACCACGAAAGACUACCUCCCCCCUGCAAACUCAGGGUGUGCUCCCGAACCCGAAACCGCACCUAAAGGCUCUAAGAAUGUCCCUCCUCCCUACAGUGCCCUCCGAGGCUCCGCGCUCCAGAGCUCAUUUGCAAGUAAAAGAGGAUCAACCCACGAAAAUGUGCAUCACUCAGUGCAGAAGGCCUCUAUUAGUUUACCUGUGGCGUUUCAGGAAACCCCUCAAAGUAAGACAGAGACGCAAGCUGUCGUCAGUCCACCCAGCUCAGUCAUGAUGUCCCCGAACUCAGCGGAAAAAGCCUCAAAGACUCGAAUCCCGAUGGGGUUUAAAGCAUUUUUAAAAUCUCCCCCCAGCCAUAAAAAUAGUCUGUCUGUACCAGGAAAGCAAGAGAAAGAUCAUAUCAACUCGGUCUCCAAGGAAACAGUGACUUCAAAUGCUUCGACGCAGUGUGACAGCGUGCAGCCGGCGUACAGUAUCGAUUCCCCCUCCAAGAUGUCCACGACAGAGGGGAAAGGUGACGUCCAGAGUAGGUUACUGGAAGGGGAAGCUGCUGAGGAGGGGGAUGUUUGCGAUAAGGGGAAAAGGAGCAGUCAACUUUUCUCUAGAUCCAUAUCUGUCACCACCAAACCUCAUCUAAAGCCGGCCCUGGGGAUGAACGGAGCCAAAGCCCGCAGCCAGAGUUUCAGCACCAACUACAUCGAGAAACCCAACAUCAACGCCCUCGAUGUGCCGGGAAAAAUCCGAACGCAGAUCAUCACCAACUCAGGUGAACGCGGGAACUCUCUCUCCAGACAGGGCUCCCUGGAGGUGCCCAGUGUUGUGUUAGCGGAGAGCCAGGUCCACUCUCCCAGGACCAGGCUGAGCCUCUACGGCGGCAUGACGGGGUCCAGCGGUCAAAACUUUCUUCCUGAGAGAAACUCAAGAUCAGGCCCUAAAGGCGAGGGGUCGCAGGGUGCAGGGAAAGGGGAGGCAAUCACCUCCCCAUCUCAGAAGGAGGCGCGUAGCUUACCCAUCAGCGACAGGACUGGUUUGAACAACAUCCGUAAGCCGGCAAAAGUUGCCUCUCAUCCGCAGCUUCAGCCUCCGUCCUCUUGUGUGUACAGCUCAGAGAACCCUGUGCGGGAGGCGGUCGGCAUAGCAACCACCGCUAAUGAGCAAGACUUCAGCAGGGAAGUCAAAACUCAGACAGACUCGCCAAACAGACCUGCAGAUGUGGAGGAGAAGAAAGUCAGCCCCACGACCUGCACUAUUGAGGAGAAAGUCAUGAUGGGAAUCGAAGAGAACUUGCAGAAAUGUCAAGAGCAGGGCAAGGUCGCCGCCAGCGAGGCCAAACAGAAGACCGGGCCCUCUCUGGCAAACUGGUUUGGCCUCCGCAAGAGCAAACUCCCGGCGCUGAGCGGCAAGAAAACGGACGCCCCCAAAGGAAAGGACGAGAAGAAAGAGCUGAAGAUCGGAUCGGUGCUCGGAGGGAAACAGAUGAAGUCUGACAAGAAGAAGGACAAGAAGAAAAACGAGGAGGUGCAGACUCUGUCGGAGAUGAACAACAAGCUCAGCUCCAUCAUGGACCACUGCAACAAUCAGAUGGGUCAGAUCGCCAGUCAGAUCCAAUGCUCGACGGCGUUUAUCGGCAAAGACCAGUUCGUGAAAGAGCUUCUCGGCAGGACGGCCGUGAAGGGCAACUGCGUGUCUGCGCCGCCGCCUGGAAUGUCCACGCCGAAGAAGCACGGCGACCUGAAGGGCGACAUGGAGAUCUGUCCAGAUACGGCCACCCUGCUCAUGACUCAGAGGAUCAACCUGAGAGCUGAGAAUGACGACGCACACAUCCAGGAAACAGCUUGUCAGGAUCACAUGAUCGGUAAGCUCCCGAUUUACCGCCGGGAC